UUGCAACACUCUUUGCACCCCCCAGUAGCAUGACGAUCAACGAGACCUCGCAAUGGCAGCGCUUGACGGCCCACGCCAAAGAGAUCAAGGAGACCACGCACUUGAAGACCCUUCUCAAGGACGAAGCGCGUAACGCGGAGCUCACUGCCGAGUACAACGGCAUCCACCUCGACUAUUCGCGCCAGAAUGCGACCACGCAGACGUUGGACUUGCUCUUCGAUUUGGCGGACGCGGCGCAAUUGCGUCAAAAGCUCGCUGCUAUGGCCGCGGGGGAACACAUCAACACGACGGAAGACCGCGCUGUGAUGCACAUCGCGCUGCGCAGCCCCGCUAACAAGCCGCUGUACGUGGACGGCGUGAACGUGGUCGACGACGUGCACCACGUCCUUCGCAACAUCCGCGCGUUCUCGGACAAAGUUCGCACCGGCGCGCAUGUGGGCGCCACUGGCAAGCACUUGACGAACGUCGUGUCCAUCGGCAUUGGCGGCAGCUACCUCGGCCCGGAAUACGUGUUUGAAGCGUUGAAGCACGAACCGGUCGCGAAAGCGGCGGCGGCUGGCCGCACGCUGCGCUUCCUGGCCAACGUGGACCCCGUGGACGCCGCCCGCGCCAUCGAAGGCCUCGACCCCGAGCACACCCUCGUGAUCAUCGUGUCCAAGACCUUCACGACCGCCGAAACCAUGCUCAACGCGCGCACGCUCCGCGACUGGCUCGUGUCGUCCCUCGCCAAGAAGGGCGUGAGCGCCGCCGAUGCCAUCCGCCAGCACAUUAUCGCCGUCAGCGCCGCCGUCCCCAAGGCGGAAGCGUUCGGCAUCAACGCCGCCAAUGUGUUUGGGUUCUGGGACUGGGUCGGUGGCCGCUACAGCGUGUGCAGCGCCGUGGGAAUUGUCCCUCUUGCCAUCCAUUAUGGCGCCGACAUCACCGACUCGUUCCUGGCGGGCGCGCAUGAUAUUGACACGCACUUGCUCACGGCGCCGCUGCGAUCCAACUUGCCCGUGUUGCUGGGUUUGCUUGGAGUCUGGAACUCGUCCUUCCUUGGCCAUGCCACUCGGGCGAUUCUUCCGUACGCCCAAGCUUUGCUCCGCUUUGCCGCACACAUCCAGCAAGUGGACAUGGAAUCCAACGGCAAGCGCGUCGACUUGGCCGGCGUCGAGCUGCCGUUCCAAGCCGGCGAAAUCAACUUUGGCGAGCCGGGGACGAACGGCCAGCACAGCUUUUACCAGCUGAUCCACCAAGGUCGCGUCGUGCCGUGUGACUUCAUCGGGUUUUGCAAAUCGCAAACCCCCGUGGAAUUGGCGGGCGAAGCCGUGAGCAACCACGAUGAACUCAUGAGCAACUUCUUUGCGCAGCCGGACGCGCUCGCCAACGGCAAAUCGAUUGACGAGCUCACCAACGUCCCGGACGCAUUGAAGCCACACAAGGCGUUCCCGGGCAACCGUCCAUCCGUGUCGCUCCUGUUUGAAGGCCAUCUGACCGCAUUUAGCUGCGGCCAACUGCUCGCUUUGUACGAGCACCGCACGGUGGUUCAAGGUGCCGUGUGGGGAAUCAACAGCUUUGACCAGUGGGGUGUCGAGCUCGGCAAAGUUCUCGCUACGCAAGUGCGCAACCAGCUCUCCGCGUCGCGCAAGAACAAGGCGACUAGUGUCGAUGGAUUCAAUAGCGCCACUGCCACCUUGCUCCAGACGUACUUGGCCAAGUAACGUUACAUAAUUGACGUGGUACAGUCACUUCUCGCAUGAUGAUGAUGCAUGUAUGAAUACAUACAGUACUACGUAGUACAAGAUUGUGAAUUCGCUAUAAACUAGCAAAAUUCGCGUGGUUUGGCUAAUUAAUACUGAAUCACGCUGGAGUUCUGA